AUGCCGGGGCCCCGCACCCUCGCCAACCUGGUGGAGUUCUUCUGGAAGGACGGCUUCAGCCGCAUCCACGAGAUCCAGCAGAAGCACACACAGGAAUAUGGAAAAAUCUUCAAGUCUCACUUUGGUCUUCAGUCUGUAGUAUCUAUUGCAGACCGAGACAUGGUGGCUCAGGUGCUCCGGGCAGAGGGGGCCGCGCCCCAGAGAGCCGACAUGGGGUCCUGGCAGGAGUACCGACACUUACGAGGGAGAUCCACCGGGCUCAUCUCAGCGGAGGGUGAACAGUGGCUCAAGAUGAGACGUGUAUUGAGACAAAGAAUUCUGAAACCAAGAGAUGUGGCCAUUUUUUCAGGAGAAAUCAACCAAGUUAUUGCUGAUUUAAUUAAAAGAAUCUACAUCCUCAAGAGCCAGGCAGAAGAUGGAGAAACUGUGACCAAUGUCAAUGACCUUUUCUUCAAAUAUUCAAUGGAAGGGGUGGCCACCAUCCUUUAUGAGAGCCGCCUGGGCUGCCUGGAGACCAGCGUCCCACAGCCCACCGUGGACUACAUCGAGGCUCUGGGGCUCAUGUUCAGCAUGUUCAAGACCUCCAUGUACGCGGGCGCCAUCCCCAGGUGGCUGCGCCCCUUCAUUCCGAAACCCUGGCGGGAGUUCUGCAGGUCCUGGGACGGACUCUUCAAAUUCAGCCAAAUCCACGUUGACAACAAGCUGAGGGACAUACAGUGCCACAUGGACCGCGGGGAGAGCGUGAGUGGGGGGCUGCUCACAUGCCUCUUCCUCAGCCAGGAGCUGACGCUGGAGGAGAUCUACGCCAACAUCACAGAGAUGCUGCUGGCUGGCGUCGACACGACGUCCUUCACCUUAUCCUGGGCAGUGUACCUUCUCGCGUGGCACCCGGAAGUGCAGCAGACCGUGUACCGGGAGAUCGUUAAGAAUUUGGGGGAAAGGCAUGUCCCAACUGCAGCUGACGUCCCCAAAGUCCCACUGGUCAGAGCUCUGCUGAAGGAAACGCUGAGGCUGUUUCCAGUGCUGCCAGGGAACGGCCGAGUCACCCAGGAAGACCUGGUCGUUGGCGGGUACCUGAUUCCCAAAGGCACCCAGCUGGCCCUCUGCCACUAUGCCACAUCCUAUGCGGAUGAGAACUUCCCUCGGCCCAGGGAGUUCCGGCCGGAGCGCUGGCUGCGGAAGGGAAGCCUGGACCGAGUUGACAACUUUGGGUCCAUCCCCUUUGGGUACGGGGUUCGGAGCUGCAUCGGGCAGAGAAUCGCAGAGCUGGAGAUCCACCUCCUCUUGAUCCAGUUGCUUCAACAUUUUGAGAUCAAAACAUCCUCUUGGACUAAAGCCGUUCCUGCAAAAACCCAUGGGCUGCUGAUGCCAGGGGGGCCCAUCCACGUGCGUUUUGUUAACAGAAAGUGAGCCUGGAUUUUUAAACCCAGCCAGCCUCCUGACACAAACCGGGUGUUCCAAUGUUACUGAUGAUGGCGGAGGAGGGAAGCCGUCCCUUUUAGAGGCUGUCUUUGUAAUAAACUGGCCCCCCAUGUUCUGGGAGACUUGUACAUCUUUAUGCAGAGUAAUUUGAAAAGAUUAUUUGACUUUUGCAAACCAGUGUUGCUUUUUCUUUGGAGAAACGACUGUUUAAAAAUGAGGGGCACUGAAUCCUGGUGUCUCCUCUGCGGUCUUACCCUUGUGCUAUACUUGAUAUUCAAUAGUCUCCUAUGCAUUUAUGCAAGGAAAUGUUUGUUUACUUAUAAAUUCCGUGCUUGAAUAUAUGCUCUGUAAUACUGUACCAGGACUCUAUGUCAGGAGGCAAAUGCAACUUACUGUUUCCAAUUUGAAGAGGGAACAUUACGAAUGUCUCUGUAGUACUGUGAGUAUGGGAAGAAAGCACCAUAGUCAACAUUUUAUCCUGAGCACCUGAGAUUUAGAUCCUGCCGAAGGGCUCAAAAUUAAAAGAACCAUAUUCUUAUUUUUCUCUCCAAACUGGCGCUUCCUUUUCUAGUAACUCCUAAAGAAGUUGAAGAUUAGCUUUUGUUUGAAAGAAAUUAUCAAUAAAAAAUAGAACUCCUGUGAAAUCCAGAAAUAUUGGGUUUUCUAACCGAGUAUAAACCCUAAGAAGAUGUAUAAGAAAAUCUGUGUGGAAUUUCAUUGCCUCAGUUGAGAAAAAUGAAUUAGACAAGCAUUGUGGAAAGCCAUGUAACUUUAGAACAUUUUUAUUUCAAGGAAAAAUAAACAUAAAAGUGGACAUGCUAUAGAUAAAA